AUGUCCAAAGAGUCCAACAACGUUACACCGAAGAGCGUGAGAAACGCUGCCGCGCUGACGGACAAUUGCAGUAUAUAUCCCUAUACUCGAAUGAAAACCCGAUCCUCCGGACUCGUCAAAGGCCCCUGGAAUGAUGGAUCAACGCCUUCUCUCCGCCUUGAUGAUUUGGCACAAUCCACCACCAUCAUCAUGGGCGCCAGUUUUGGAGGACUUUUGUUCGCCGUCCGUUUGCUUGAUGCUGGCUUCAUUGUCAUUGUCGAUACAGCGGCUAGAUUCGGAGGCACUUGCUACUGGAACCGGUAUCCUGGGCUGAGGUGUGACACUGAAAGCUACUUCUACAUGCCUCCCGUACAAGAGACUAGGCACAUGAUAAAGCACAAAUGGAGCGAUGAUGCUGCCGAAUGGAUGGUGGAGAUGACGCAACUUUCAUCCGGUGGCGAGUCUGUCAUGGCGAAGGUUCGUGCCAAGUUUGUCAUCAUCGUGCCGGGACUACUUAAUCGCCCCAAGAUCUCUGAUCUUCCUGGUCUUUAUACCUUUCAAGGGCAGAGCUUCCUUGCCUCGCGCUGGAAUUAUACUGUGACGGGAGGCAGCCAAGAGAAUCCUAGUCUUAGCAAGUUAAAAGAUAAACGUGUUGGCAUCAUUGGUACUGGCGCAACGGCAGUCCAAUUGCGCGGUGGUGUUUCUGUCACCGGUACCGGUGGUCAAAACAUUGAUGAGAGAUGGUCUCGUAGCCCCACCACUCUGCACGGUGUUAUCAGUAACGGUUUUCCAAACAUGUUCUUCUCUAGCUGCAACCAGGCUGGAAUCUCUCCGAACUUGACAGCUUCACUAGACACUUUUGCGCAAAAUGAGGCUGAGGAAGCCUGGGCUAUGCAUAUUCGAGCUGGGGCUCUGGCUCGGUCACCUGUGGCCAACUGUACGCCUUCUUACCAUAACGGAGAAGGAGGUAAUGACAAUAUGUUCAUGGAAGAAUAA